AUGGAUAAGCUUCUUGAGUUUUUGCAUCAAAAGGAGUAUAGUGUUUUAUAUGACAGUGAUAUCGAUCCACAAGAUUUAUACACAUGGAGAGAGUGUCUCAAAGACAAACAGAAUAUAGUAGUCUUUCUCUUCCCCCACAACAAAUAUGUUAUCGGGUUUCAUUACUUCCAACAACACGACACUUGGACAAAUUCAUGGACUACUGAUCCAACACAUUUUAUAUUUUACUUCGAUGAAGUUCACACGAUGCACGUCUUUUAUAAGCAAAAUUGUCAAAAGGGAGUUUUAUUUGGAACGGACAGAGAGUUUUACUUUGGGUCGUAUGGCUCGUUUGCGUUAUUUAGAGAGGAGAAUUCGUUCCGAUGUCGGAUAUGGGCAGACGUUCAAACGUUCUGUCCAGGGUUUCCCCCCUGUUUUGUACCAUUUGAGAUAUAUCAAACUGACAGGGUGGUCGUCUGUCAAGUUUAUUCAUGA